AUGGCUCUCAAUCCAGCGCUAUACGAUACCUCAGAUGGCAGCCAGAAAGAUGAUGGACAGUAUGAAGCGGUAUCCUCUGCGUACAGUGCUGCACCGUUGAGAACCACCUCCUUUCGACCAUGGAAACCUUUUUCGCUUCGUCCCCCGUUCUUAAUUGGCACAAUCGCCAUUUGUUGCGCAUUAAUUGCUGCCCUUAUAGUCCUUCACCUGCGCAGUAUUCGCGAUGAUGGACUCCUUUUUGGAGUGGACAUCAAUGACCUUCCAUCGUCGAAAACAUUUGGAUACUUGAUCCUGCCGACCAUCAUUUCGGUUCUGUUCAGUUUAAUGUGGGCAUGGAUUGAUUUGGAUACGAAACGGAUCGAGCCGUUUUACCAACUUUCGACAUCUGGGGGGGCUUCGGCGAAGAAUUCUCUCCUCCUUCAUUAUCCAGUGGACUUCAUGGCCUCGGUGCCAAUAAAUGCCAUCAAGAACAAACAUUCCAUGAUAUUCUGUGCCUCUCUGGCAAUUGUUCUGGUUUUCUGGGGUCUCACUCCGACGCAGGCAGGCAUAUUCUCCGUGGAAACGAUCAACAAGACUUUGUCCGUUCCUAUUCUAUCCUCCACGUCCUAUGUUCCUAUUCCUGAGCAGAAAGAGCUGCUGUUGAUGGAGGAGGUGUAUUCGGCGGCAAAUAUACUAUGGUGGAAUGAAACUCUCCCCGAAUUCACCACACGCGACUAUGCCCUCGCCCCUUUUGCGGUGGAACAGCCACUCUCAACCGUGGAAGAUACCGACACAUUGACCGGGGAAACUCGCCUUUUCAGCCUCGACAUUUUUUGCGAGCAGGCAGUGGUCUCCGGGAUCAACAUCACGAAUGGCGAUUCGGAUGGCCGGCUUACUAGUUCCUGGGGAUGCGACUUUCAAAGGUUGUAUCCACUCGGUCCGGGAAUGAAUGUAAACGAAACAGACAAGAUAUAUUCUAUGUUUUAUGUUGGGUUCUUUAGCCCCGAGGGGUUUUCCGAUUAUUAUUUGUCGCCCUAUUGUCCGAAAAAUGAGUCCAGUACAUUUUUGACCAUGUCAGCAAAGAUCAAGGUACCCAAGGCGCAAUACGAGAAUUUCACCAAUGCAGAGAAGCUCCAGAAUGCCGAUACGACUACACUCUACUGCCGACCUUCUUAUUUUACCCAACGCGUGGAAGCCACAAUAUCUCUCUCUGAUAGGAGAGUCAUUUCCAGCAACCCUCUCGGACCAAAAGAGCCUUUUCCGGCAGAGAUGUUCAAUACUACCGACUUCGAAACAAGCAUGAACCAAGGGACAGAGGCAGCAUCGGCUGGCAGGAGUAACUUCCCUACCAACUCGUGGCCUGGACAAAAGACCAAACUCGCCAACACACUUUUCGAUUCCUACUAUACGCCGCGUUUGGUACCCUUCGCUCUCGGGGCCACCAUGCUGCCAGAAGACGAUUAUAUGGUGCCCGAGGUCUUACGUAAGUCUUUCGAGUCCGCUUACCGAGUGCUGUUUGCGCGCCGCUUGGCUAGCAUACUCAAGGACGACCUCGAUCCCGCAACUCGAGGAACGGGCACAAGAACUUACGGUGUUCAAGCCAUUGUAACGGUGCCGGCGUUUAUUGGCAUCGUCGUUGGUGUCUUGGGCGUUAUCUGCAUCCUCUCAUGCUGUUUACUCUAUAUGUCUUUGACACGACAUCUGAAGCUCGAGAGAGAUCCGUCGACGAUAUCUGCACUGAUGGAUAUGGUGGCCGGCCAAGACGCCGCACUGGCGGCCUUCAAGGAUUUGGACACUGUCCCCGUCAAGAACUUGGAAACCGCGGUGGAGGAUAAAAAAUUCCAUAUUGCAUACGAUCCAACAAGCGCAGGGCUGAAAUUGUCAACGGAAGACGAAGGCUGGAGAGGGACGGAAACGUUGCUUCCUGGCAGUCAAGCGCACGGUCGCGGGGAGUGGAAAAAAGUACUACCAAAAGAGCUCACCUUAGUUGCCGGGACGAUAUUCUUCAUUUUCCAAAUUGCCGCGUUCGGUGUCAUCCUGGGCAUUUAUCUGUGGUCUAUCUCCGCGAAUGGUGAGUCCCAACAUCACUGUUCACACACAUCUUUGCGCCUACCUCUUCCUUCCGAAAACCAGUUUGUCCGCCAGUUUGUCACCAACUACCUUCCAACAGCUUUAGGAGCACUAAUCGAACCGGCCUGGCUGGUGCUCAACCGAUUGCUCUGCAUGCUGCAGUCAUUCGAGGACAUGCGGAAAGGAUAUGCAGAAGCAAAGUCAUCCAUCAAGGCCGACUACAACUCUUACCCACCACAAUUUUCCAUUCUGAGAUCGAUUCGGAACAGACACUUCUUGUUAUCUGCAGUCUGUGUCAUGACCCUCCUGGCUAACGUACUCCCUGUCGCCCUCUCCAGUCUGUUCUACGAGCAGACGGUGCCUGUUCCCGCUGGUUCCACUUUCGUUCAGCCUUUCACAUCAAAUUUCAAAGCCUUGAAUGGAACGGGACAGGAAUUCAAUUUCAUUCCACAGUAUAUGGGACAGGGGAGUACGACUCAAGAUGCAUUCUAUGUGGCAAUGUCGAAUAUCACAGCGAAGACUCCGCUGCCACCAUGGGCAGACGAAGCAUACACAUACAUUCCGUUCGAGGGCCCCUCUGUAGAGACCAAUAUGUCAUUCACGCAUCGUGCAAAAACGACAUAUUUCGGAAGCAAGCUCGAUUGUGCGCCAGUCGAGAAAUCCGGGCCAACAUCAUACCAGGCUUCGCUUGAUCGAUCAAGAUUCUCCAACCCCACUGCCGCACCCAUGUUCCAGUUUGCGCUGAACGUAACAUUCACACAAAAUGUACAAGAGCCGGUGACAUGCGUGGCAAACAUUAGUACCAACGUCGCCAAAUCGAAUGGACCGUCCGCCCUCGAGUUUACAGCCCCUUUGUUUGGAGGCCCGGAUGCAUCAGACGAGGUCUCCCGGCUCUGCGAAUCCCGUUUCCUCGCAGGAUGGCUCCGGGCAAACGUCGCUGAGGGCGAGAAAGCCAAACCUCGAGACCCUCCGCCCUUUUCCGUCACUGACAGGAAAGAGCUUAUCAUGGCAUGUGUGCCUACAAUUGUCACUGGUGAGGCUGACGUCGAGGUUGAUACGACGGGACGAGUGCUUCGUAGACAUUCCGUCCAGCUAUCCUCGGAUAUAGCGUCUCAUUUCACCACGACACCGCUGGAUCUCAUACAGCAGGCGAACCAGUUUAUUGUUGGCAACGGAGACAUGGUAUAUUCUCCGGGUGAAGAAACAAGACGGGCCGCCGCCGCUGUUUGGCACAAUGACACGUUCCCUUCCGAUUUCACGAAUUACCUGAUGACGCGCACUCUCAACAAUAGUGCGUUCCUCGAUCCUGCUACGCCUCCUCCCACAUAUGCGGACAUCAGCAACCCUUUCACAUCCCUCUACUCAACCUUAUUCGCGAUUCUUGUUGCUAUUAACCAAGACCUUUUGCUCGUUCCUGCCUCUUCAACACCCGCUCAAUCGCUUCCCGUUGUCGCGGGACUGACCAACCGACCCGAGCGUCGACUUUUCCUUCAUCGCUCUAUGGUCGCCCUCGCUCUCGUCAUCCUCGCCGUGUACGCAUUCACCACCGUUCUGGUGUACCUUAAGGCCAAACAGAAGUGGGGGUUCCUCCCACGUUUGCCGACAAGCAUUGCGAGCAUCUUAGCCUACGUGGCUGCAAGCACCGCCGUCAAAGCCAAAACGGGCAUUCAAAUGGCCCCGAGGCCGCGGGGUGAGAGGUAUGGAUUGGGAAGGUUUACCGGAAGCGAUAACCGGCCGCAUUGGGGAAUUGAGACGGCCGACCGUAUUGAACUGGACGCAGUGGAUACUGAGAUUUUGGGGAUGAAGCGGAGAGCAACGACAUGGAAUGAUUGGACUCGGCGAGGAAAAUUGGCAACAGGGGAGUCGGAGAUACGUUUGCACGAGAUGGGGACCACGUAGUCAGGUUGGAAGCAAAUUUUGGCAAGGACUUGGAACGGGGCGAUGGAGCAAUAUAGAUAGAAAUUUUGAAAUCGACGGUCCUAAAAUAUUUCUGUCUCUAGGCUGCACAUAGAUCGCACAAUAUAUGUUGAUAAUUGUCAAUAGUGGAUAAUCUUGUCGAACCGUGAAUGAUGGAAAGAUAGUCCUUAGAUACUAGAGAUAUCG